AAAAGCGGAGAGCCUCAGAGAGCGCGAGCGAACGGAGGAGUUUAAUGACACUUUACCGGUACAGACAGGGACCCGUUAAUCUCCCUGUACAGACGUCCACUGAGUUCACACACACACACAUACACGCGCGCGCGGUAUGAAGCGUACUGGAGUUUAAACCGCACUUGGGACUGAACCGAGCCCCGUGUGUGGAUUUUAUAAACCAGGAAUUAUCUUUUGGGAUUUCUCUAGAGUGUGAACACCUGUACUUUUCCAUUAAUGAGGCAGCCUCCGGCAGAUGUGGACGGUAUGGCGCUGAGGCGCGCGCUCCUGCCCUCCAUCUCCACUUUCACCACCGGAGCCACUGAGCCGAGAUGGAAGGACGAAAUGUCUCAUCUGAAGCACUUUGACAACAUCAUGACCAAAAAAGAGCCAGAAGAAUUUGAGCUGCUCGACUACGACUUCAUCCUCUCUAACAGCAUUAUGCAGCAGCAGCAGCAACAGCAGCAGCAGCAGCAGAAUCGGCAUCCUCCACAGGAAAUGACGACAUCAUCAGCCUAUACGUCUUAUCACAUGCCAUAUGUUCCAGACAUCAAUGAUGUUUCUCCGAGCGGCGGAUUUGUCGCUGAACUCAUGAGACCUGAUCUGGAUCCUGCCUACCUUCAGCCACUUACUGCUGAAGUCAGCACCCCUGCUAAUUCUAACACUAACGCUAACAUUAACCUCCACGGGAAAUUUUUCGUUAAAACAACCAACCUUCAAGGCAACAUGUCAGCGUACGGCGAGAGAGAGAAUAUGGCUGGAUCAGAACCAUCAACUUUGUUUAUGUGCCGCAGAAUUAAACAGGAAGUCCAGGCCUCCACUUCCUCUUCCUCCCUCUCACCAGAAGAACAUCACACACCUGCACAGGUGUUGGCUCAUCCCUCGAUCUCUGGAAUUCCAUCUCUCAGUUAUCCCCAGUUUGCCGCAGCGUCAGUGCAGUACUCAGAAAUGGUUCCUCCUGCAGCGGAGGAGCCCAAACCCAAACGUGGGCGACGCUCAUGGCCAAGGAAGAGAAUGGCCACGCACACAUGUGAUUACGUCGGCUGUGGGAAAACAUACACGAAGAGCUCGCACCUUAAAGCACAUCAAAGAACACACACAGGGGAGAAGCCAUAUCACUGUGACUGGGAAGGCUGUGGAUGGAAAUUUGCCCGCUCUGAUGAACUGACUCGUCAUUACCGCAAACACACAGGUCACCGGCCGUUUCAGUGUCAGAAGUGUGACCGUGCUUUUUCCCGCUCUGAUCAUCUGGCACUGCACAUGAAACGGCAUCUAUAACCCUUAACCCUAAACCAUGCACAUCCAUAAACUCAGUGCACAGGAUGUCCAUCAAAUCUCCACGAGUUGCCUUUUUAAAUAAAAGACAACGAAAGAAAAUGAUCCGAGACACGCUGUGACGUUCACGGCAAAACAAAGUUCACUAUUAUCUCUUUAUUUUUACUUUAUAUAGAAACGCUGAUGACUCGUGAAUUGGACAAUUCAGCAAACUGUACUGACAAUUUUAUUUAUUAGACUUUAUUAUAAUUGUACAUCAACAUUACUGCCAUUUCAUGUCUUCACUACACCUGGCUGUUUACUGAAGAGCUUCUCAGAGCAAACAUCCCAUCAUACUACAGUAUGAUGAACAUCCAGCAACAACGGCUAAGGAUAACACUAAUUCUAAUAAAGCCUCCUGUAGUGUGCACUAAGUUGUGAUGUUCUGCCUCGAGUUUCACCUCACGCUGAUGGAGACAGAACCGCAGAACCACAUGGAUCAGAAUGAACAUUUCUCUGUAUUAGAGAGAAAACACGUGAAGGAGAUUAAUUGCCACAAUAGGGACUUGGGAGUUUGGUGGUAUUUGGAACACAGCCCAGGAAAAGGAAGCACACAGGAUAUACGGUUGAUUUAGUGCUCUUGUCUUCCAGCACUUCAGUGACUCUGGUGUGUUUACUGAUCUGUUUUUUUUUUUUAAAUAAAAUCAGUAAGCAACAAUUAAAUCACAGGGUGCCAAAAACAGAACAAUAAAGCAGAUCGUUUUGGAAAUACAUGAAUAUAAAACUGUAAUUAUAUUACUAUAAUAUGUUGCUGUCUUUUUAAAAGGUAUUUUUGUAUACAAUAAUAUUUAAAUGAAUAUAUUUCUGCAAAGCAUCAAACACAAGAAAAGCUAAGUGGAAAUUACUAUGAUUUUAGUUAUUGUAUAGAACUGGAAAUGUAUCCAUUUAUAAAUAUUCAGUGGUGUUUUUUUAAGUUACCAGAUAAAUACGGGAAAGUGAUACCAAACUGGAAUAAAAAAAUCUACACACACACACAUAUAUAUAUAUAUAUAUAUACUGUGUGUAUGUAUACAUUUAAUGCUUACAAAAUCAGCUUCAGGAUUUAAACAUAAUGAAAGUAUGGAAAAAAAUAAAUAUAUUGAAUAUCAGGGACAUUAUGGGAUUAUAUUCAAUAACCUAGAUACAUACACACACACACACACACACACACACACACACACAGAUAUUAGUGGUCAUUUCUGGUACAGGUUACUUUUUGGUGCGUUGUGUUUGCAGUGGUGCAAUAAACAUUUUGUUUAAAAGAAAAAACCUCUAAACACUCUGGAUAUUUUUGUAAAAAAAAAAAAAUAAAUGUAAUAUAAUCUUUCAUUUUGUAAACAUGUAAAUAUAUAUUUUUUGUAUUUUAAGUAUGAACACUACUGUAUAAAUAAAAUAUAAAACAUUUCAAUUGAA